AUGGCGUCUCCUUCUCGUGUUCUAAACCUAACAAUCCUUCUCACGCUAGUGUUAGCGUGCUGCACGGCGGUGAAUGCGGUCAGCGACCCGAGCAGCGUGCAGUUCUCAUCUCUGACUCAAGCCAUCGUGGUAACCACAACGGUCAACGGCAACAACGUCACCAACGGCACCGGAAUGACCUAUGCCCAGGACGAGCUGUCGAUUCACUGGCACCUGAACCAGUCGCUGUGGGGGACCGACGCCGCGUUCAAGAAGGUCGUCCUGCAGCUCUGCUUCGGCGCGCCCAGCCAGGCGUCCCGCCCCUGGCGCCAACCCAACAACGUGCUCUCACACUCCAAGAACUGCAAAUACACCAUCGCCUCGCAACCGUACAAUGCGUUCGGCAACAACACGGUGUGGCGGCCGUCGCAGGACACGCCAGGCGCGCAGUACUUCGUGCGCGCAUGGGUGCUCAACUCCACCGACUCCUCCGCCACCGUCUCCGCCAACAGCGUCGCCUACGGCCAGAACACUGACUCUUCUAUGAACGCCAAUCUGGUGGUGGUGACGCCCUAUGCUGGCACAACCAUGGGCAUCAAUAUAUACAUAGUGUGCAUCUCGGUAGUGUCCUAUGCUGCCCUUGCUGGCUUCUUCUUCUAUGAGAGAUAUGCAAAGAAGAAUAAAUAG